CAAAGUGAUACCAAAUUACUUUAAAAAGAAUUAGAGUUGAGCAGAAUGUCUAGAUUUGCAAACGGAUCAGUUAAAAACAGUUUGAAAGAACAUAUUGAUGCUGUUUUAUUGCAAGCAAUUAACAAAACUGAAAACCCAAAAUCGUUCGUCAACGGAGUUGGCUUUGGGAUCACAAAUGAUAAGGAAACCGUUUACAGCAACCAGGUUGGUCUUUCUAACGAAGAAAAGGGGCAGGAAUUUAGCUCCGAAACCCUUUUCAAUUACUGGUCGACCACUAAGCCAAUUGUAAGUACAGCCGUACUACAAUUGUAUGAAAGAGGUUUGGUUGACCUUGAUGCUGCUGCCUCUACAUAUUUACCCAUUCUCAAAGAUGUAAAGGUAAUUAAGGGUUGGGAUAAUGACGAACCGAUUUUGAAAACCCCGGAAACCGAACCAACCGUCAAACAAUUACUUCUUCACACCUCGGGCUUUGCUUACGCUUUCUAUAAUGAAGAUUAUCGAAAACUUUUGGCAAAAUACGGAGAGCCUAAUAUCUUCAACAUCACCGAAGAAAGUUUGAAGUGUAUGCCUCUUGUUUUCGAGCCAGGGUCUCAGUUUUUAUACGGACAUGGUCUUGACUUUGCUGGUUUCAUUGUUGAGAGUGUGUCUGGAAUGACUUUAGAACAGUAUUUGAAGGAAAAUAUCUUUAAACCCGCCAAAAUGAACGAUGUCACUUUUGAAGUGCAGCCUAAAGACAGUGAUAAAGUCUUGAUUUGUGACUCUAGACAAUCGGAUGGUUCAUUAAGGCCCUAUUCAACGCAGCCACUUCAAACUCCAGCUAAACAUUGUGGAGGACAUGGAUUAUUUGGAACCAUUGAACUGUACUUAAGAUUCAUUAGAAUUUGGAUCAAUGAAGGUAAAGCAGACGACGGUACCCAAAUAAUUAAAAAAGAAACUUGGAAAGAAGCCUCUCAAAAUAACUUGCCACCAAAUUUCACCACGACUGAUUUUAACUCAACAGAUGCUGAACUAACAAAGUCGGUUAAAUCAAGCGAUUUUUGGAGUUUGGGAUUUGGAAUCACCAGAGAAGACUCAAAAGCUGGAGUUCCUAAAGACUCACUCUAUUGGUGUGGGUUGGCGAACCUUUUCUUCUGGAUAGACUUGAAGAAUAAGAUUGGUGGUUAUUAUGUUACUCAGCUUUUCCCUCACGCCGAUCCCUCGAUCCAAGCUUAUCCAAAGCUCCAAAAAAUUGCUUAUGAUCAUUUACAGUAAUUCAGUCUACAAUGAUAUAGUUAGAACAAAAAUCAUGUAAUCGUUAAAUAUAUAUAAAGUGC